AUGGAGAAUAUCAAUGAUCUGGAAGAAACGGAUUGCAAAUGCAUAUCACCGAACGAGCGUUCGAUGUCACAUUGCAGUAGUGAACAAGAAUUAGCACAUAUGCGUCACGAACCACUGACAAACAGCACUUCAAAUUAUGAUCACAGUAAUUACAUUCACGACUCGGAUAUUAUUACUACUGCCGAAAGAUUAGCAGGCCUUAUACACGAAAGUCCGACGCGAGAAGCUGAUAUCAAUAGCUUGAUAAAUGAACUACAUCGUAAAGAUGCUUAUGGACCAGCCCAGAGACCCUCUGAUUAUAUGGAUUUAGAUCUUGAGAUGCAGAACUAUGACGCUGAUGAGAAUAAUGGCACUUCAGAAGGUAUCAAUCGUGUUUUGAUGAUCAUUGUGGUGACACUGAUUGCUUACAGCGCACAGUCCUUAGAGGAUAUUACAAAUGCUACUCGUGGUGCACUACUUGCAUACGGAAUGGACAUUUUGGCAGCUUCCGUAAUGAUGCAGUACCAGUUGAUGUUCAACUUGGAAUUGCCUUACGUAUGCUAG